CACGGCUAACGUUACCUGCUCCUCUCCUCUCUCACCGUGUGAAUUAAUGUAGGCCCAAUCACCGCAGAUUCUUGUAUUCUCGAGUGACUUUUGGCCUUUUGCCUUCUUGCUUGCUCGUUAAUCUCCUCUCUUCUGAUGAAAACACUUGAAACAAAAUCAGAUACACUCUAACACAAGCAGCAGAAACACUACGAGAAGAGAUGGCUAAUUUGCACUCUACUUUCAAUUAAGAAACAAUGAAGAAAAGUCUGAAUGAUGAAUUGAAGACUGAGAAGAGGAAUAUUGAAUUCUGGGUCAGACAAUGGGACCUGCGUGAAUCGCUAAUUGAGCUUGAGAGACAUAAACUUGAUGAAGAGAGCACAAUGGUUAAGAGCAAGAAAGAAGAUGCUCUAAAUAAGAUACGACAGUUGGAAAAGGAGUUGGAAACCAGAGAGGAGUUGGAAACCAGACAAAAGUUGGAAUUGGAAAUUGAAGAGUUAAAAUGGGAACUUGAAGUGAUGAAGAAGCAACUCGAAGAUGAACGUGACGAAGCUGUUCGAAACGUGACAAUGGAGAUGCAGCAGGAACUAGAUGAUUUGGAAUCUCUGAAUGCAACUCUUAUUGUCAAAGAGCGAAGAAGCAAUGACGAGCUACAAGACGCACGUAAAGAGUUAAUUCAGGGUUUGAGAGGCACGUUGUCCUCAACUGUUAUUGGAAUAAAGAGAAUGGGAGAAAUUGAUGAAAAGCCGUUCCUUAAGACAUGUAAGCGAAGAUUUCCACAUGAGAAAGCUAAGGUUGAGGCCAGUGCCCUGUGCAGCCUGUGGCAGGAAAAUUUGAAGAAUCCAGAGUGGCAUCCAUUUAAAAUCAUCAACUAUGAUUACGGGAAAGUAGAGGAAAUAGUAGAUGAAGAAGAUGAGAAGCUGCAAAAUCUCAAGCAGGAGCUGUGAAAUUAACUUGAAACUGUAUAUGUGCAGGUUCUUCGCAAGUCUUCAACAGCCCAAAGUUUUCUAAUUAAUAGUUGGAUUUUGCCAAGUUGCUUAGUAUUUGGGGAUUUUUUUUUUUGUAUGAAUUGUUAGCUUAAUUUUAAGUACAAAUUAAGGUCUAAUUAAACUUUUGAAUGUCUUUAAGGUUGCAA